UUUCAGUGCUAAGUGAAGUGAAUUAAAAAAAAAAUAACUAAAAAUGUCUGGUCGUGGUAAAGGUGGCAAAGUUAAGGGAAAGGCAAAGUCCCGUUCCAACCGUGCUGGUCUUCAAUUCCCCGUCGGUCGUAUCCAUCGUUUGUUGCGCAAAGGCAACUAUGCUGAACGUGUUGGUGCCGGAGCUCCAGUUUACUUGGCUGCUGUCAUGGAGUAUUUGGCCGCUGAAGUUCUUGAAUUGGCUGGCAACGCUGCUCGUGACAACAAGAAGACAAGAAUUAUCCCCCGUCACUUGCAAUUGGCUAUCCGUAAUGACGAAGAAUUGAACAAAUUGCUGUCCGGUGUCACCAUUGCUCAAGGUGGUGUAUUGCCAAACAUCCAAGCUGUUCUCUUGCCCAAGAAGACCGAAAAGAAGGCUUAAAUUAUCUACGAGCAUCAAAGAAAAAAUGUAAAUACAGGCCAUCGUAUAAAUCAACAACAAUCCGUCCUUUUCAGGACGACAAAAAUUUUUUUAAAAGAGAAAAAACU